AUGCCACUCACUCACACUUCCCUCUUCUCUUUCUCUCUCCUCCUCCUCAUCCUCCGCUUCCGCCAUGGCUCCGCCGCUGUCGACGAAAUCCGCUCGCUCCUCGAGUUCAGGAAGGGCAUCAAAUCCGACCCAACCAAUAAAGUCCUCUCCACUUGGAUUUACCCGAGCAACGCCUCCGCCUGCCCCGACGCCUUCCAUGGCGUAUCUUGCGACGCGGAAACUUCCUCCGUCGUCUCCAUUUCUCUCGACCGGCUGGGCCUGGCCGGAGAUCUCAAAUUCAGCACACUCAUUCCGUUAAAAUCCCUGCAAAACCUAACCCUCGCUGGUAACUCGCUCUCUGGCCGGCUCGUUCCUAGUCUCGGUGCAAUGUCGUCCCUUCAAGCGAUUGAUCUCUCCGGAAAUCAGUUCUACGGCCCAAUUCCAGCUCGGUUGACUGAUUUGUGGUCCCUGCAUUACGUUAAUUUAUCGAGUAAUAGAUUUUCUGGAUUCUUUCCGGAGGGAAUUAGGAACCUGCAGCAGCUAAGAGUGUUGGAUUUGCAUUCGAAUCAGCUGGAGGGGGAUGUUAGGAGACUGAUUCCGGAGCUGAGGAAUGUGGAGUACUUGGAUUUGAGUGGGAAUAUGUUUUCCGGGACGAUUGAAUUGAGUGUGGAGAAUGUUUCAAGUCUUUCUAAUACGGUGAUAUUCGUGGAUAUGAGUGGGAAUGCUUUGAGGGGAGGGUUUUGGGGGAAUGAUGUGAUGAGGUUGUUCAGGAACUUGAGGGUUCUGGAUUUGGGUGAUAAUGGGAUUACUGGUGAGCUUCCUGAUUUUGGGCAGUUGCCAAAUCUUCAGGUUCUGAGAUUAGGAAAUAACCGGCUUUCUGGGUUGAUUCAAGGUGGGAUUUUGCAGGAGGAAGUGCCAUUGGUGGAGCUGGAUCUUAGUAGAAAUGAAUUUUCUGGUCCUAUACCACAGAUCAGCUCAACAACGUUAGGCACUUUGAAUCUUUCAUCAAACCUAUUAUCAGGCUCGCUGCCUCCAUCAAUAGGAAAUAGCCGGAUUCUUGAUUUCAGCAGAAACCACCUAUCAGACGACAUCUCCAUUCUGACAAAAUGGAAUAUAGAUUUAGAAAUUCUAGACUUGAGCUCCAACACCUUGACUGGAAGCAUUCCCGAUUUCUCAAAUUUCCAAAAAUUGUCUGUCCUUCGCAUUCGAAACAAUUCACUCAAGGGAAACUUGCCUUUAGGCCUAAGCUCCUUGCAAACACUUGUCACAGUUGAUCUAAGCUCUAAUAGACUUGAUGGUUUGAUCCCUCCUAGCUUGUUUACUUCUACAACCUUAACAAAUUUGAACUUGUCUGGUAACCUCUUCACUGGACCAAUUCCUCUCGAUGGCUCACAUGCAAAAGAGUUGCUAGUUUUAUCAUCUAGUCCACCAAUGGAGUCUCUAGAUCUUUCAAACAAUUUACUGACAGGCAGAUUACCUGCUACUGUCGGUAACUUAGGGAAGCUUAAGUCGUUAAAUCUUGCUUAUAAUAAAUUAUCCGGGCAGCUCCCACAUGAAUUGAGCAGACUUAUAGCCCUCGAGUACCUCAACUUAUCCAACAACUUCUUCACUGGAAACAUUCCUGACAAACUCCCGUCCAGCUUAUUAUUCUUUGAUGUGUCUUAUAACAAAUUAUCGGGCAAAAUACCCGAAAACCUGUAUCACUUUCCUGAUUCUUCAUUUUCCGGAAACAACCUCGAACCCCACAACAGUGUUACAUCUGACAAUCAUGUCCCGGAACAAACUCAGAACAACAGAAACCAUCACAGACUAAAAUCAAGCAUCCGAGCAGCUAUUAUCUUAGCAUCCAUUGGAGCUGCUGUGAUGAUUGCCUUUAUCGUGUUUGCCUACCGUCGUGCCCGGUUUAAUGAUUUCCCUGCGCGAAGAAGAUUUUGUGGGCAGACAUCCGAAAGAGAUAUCAAAGCAGGAGGGUUCAGCCUUCCAUCUCAUUUGAGCUUGCCAGAUGAUCACUUAUUGACUUCAAACUCGAGGUCUGUGUCUGGGCAGCUUGAUCCAGCUGAUACUGGUGUGGGGCCCUCCGGAAGAAAACCCUCUCCUGAUUCUCAAAUAGCAUCCUCAUCGCAUUAUUUUGACACAAUGGGACCCGCCCAGCUUGAUGUGUGCUCGCCGGACAGAUUUUCAGGCGAGCUUUUUUUUCUCGACCCGUCAAUUGUAUUUACGGCCGAGGAGUUGUCCCGAGCUCCUGCUGAGGUGCUCGGUAGAAGUAGUAACGGGACUCUGUACAAAGCUACUCUAGAUAGCGGACACAUGCUAACCGUGAAGUGGCUGAGGGUUGGUUUGGUGAAACAAAAGAAAGAAUUUGCAAAGGAGGUGAAAAAGAUUGGGGCAAUGAGGCAUCCGAGUAUUGUUCCUCUGCGGGCUUAUUACUGGGGCCCGAGGGAACAGGAAAGGCUCGUUUUGGCUGACUACAUAGUUGGGGAUAGCUUGGCUUUUCAUCUUUACGAAACCACUCCCAGGAGGCACAAGCCUCUAACAUUCGCCCAACGGCUAAAAAUUGCAACGGACAUUUCCCGCGGCCUAUCAUUCCUCCACAACCUUGGUCUUCCCCAUGGGAACCUAAAGCCCACCAACAUCCUCCUUGUGGGCCCUGAUCACAACGCCCAGCUCACGGGCCACGGACUACACCGCCUGAUGACCCCUGCUGGCAUAUCCGAGCAGAUACUGACCCUCGGGGCCCAUGGGUACCGUGCCCCUGAGCUGGCUCACCUGGCCAAGCCCCGCCCUUCAUUCAAGGCUGACGUGUAUGCACUAGGUGUGAUGCUCAUGGAGCUUCUCACGGGGAGGAGCGCGGGGGAUAUCAUUUCUGGACAGUCGGGAGCCGUGGAUCUCGUUGACUGGGUAAGGCUGUGUGAUCAGGAAGGGCGCGGAUUGGACUGCGUAAAUCGAGAUGUGCUUUGUGAGGAGAGGUAUUCGGAGGCGGUGGGCGAGCUGCUUGGUGUGUCGAUAAGGUGUGUGCUUCCUGUGAACGAGAGGCCGAGCAUGGACCGAGUUUUGGAUGAUAUUCGUUCGAUACGCAUGUGA